CUGCCUCAGUGUUCAAAGAAAAUAUGAUGCUCAGCGUGAACAGAAGGAAGAGCCUGCUGACAGGUCGACAGCAUGGACACUGAUCCCGGCAGGGCCGGCUGCUGAGAGAGGUCUCCUGGGGUGUUCCCGCACCUCUCCUGCUCCAGGUGAUGCCCCAGUUCACCUUUGCUUGCUUCUGCGGGCUCCAUGGCUUCUGCAAGAUGAAGAGGAAGAAAGAAGAGUCCAGCGCGGAGCAGGAGACAGCGGUGUGAGGAGCAGCCCUUUGUGUGCCCCGC